CGCUAGGUAGACCAGCUUUGCCAAUAGGCCAAACGCACGCGAAAGCGCGUCGUUUGUCACGCAUCGAUUGUAAGGAGCUCCGCCGAUACGACUGGACCGGCUACCGGCCGCUCCGAGCACCCGUGCGCACCGCUGGCGCUGAAACAAAAACGCUGCCAUGCGCACGCCCUGGGCCCUAGCGCUCCUCGUGGCCGCCGCGGCCGGCCGGAAGCGCAACCGCGAGCAGCGCGCCGACGCCGCGACCGCCCGGAAGCGCGCCCGCACCCAACGAACAGAAGUGAGGGACUUCUACCGCAACGCCACGGCGCUGAGUCCAGUACAAACGGUAGCCGCCGUCGUCCUGAGCCACAACCACGAGGGCACGGUAAAACGCAUCGCCGACGCGUUAAGUGAAGAGGUCGACUCCAUCGUUAUUGUAGAGGACGGCUCCACUGAUAACUCAUACGAAGCGUGGCGUGCGGCACUACGAUCGCACGCAAACGCGAAAAUAAUUCGGACCCCGGACGUCCACGAGAUCCGAGCAUAUAACCGCGGCGCAGCUAUCGCGAACGCGGACGUCUACUGCUUCCUGCAGGACGACGACAUUCCGAAUGAUCGUGGAUGGGGUAAACGAGUGAUGUCAUUGUUCGACUCAUUUAGAAAGCAGAGGCUGGCGGUGGUCUCGGGCCUGGCCACGGAAGUCUGUCAAUCCGAGUGGGGCGAGGCACAAGUCGAACACCCGAAGGCCAUGAAGAACCCGCGGGUCACGCGCAGGAUUCCCUACGCUUAUCGAGGCGUUCCCUUCGCGUUCGCCACGGAGGCGUGGCUCGCACCGUUAUGUGUUAGAGCGGACGUUUGGGCUGACCUGGGAGGCUUCGACGAGAGUCUAGCUCUUAGUGGCGAGCCGGGCAUUGGGCUGGAUAUUCACCUGUCGUUGCGAGCGGGCGUUCUGGGUUAUGCGGUGGGCGUCUUCGGCGCGCUGUUUGAGCGAGGUGUUGGUGGUCAUGGAACCGUGUCCUCACCAGAGAAAACAAAAUUAAGAUUAAGGAAGCGGGCCGAGAUCGGCGCGCGCAUCCGGGCUGUCGCGGGGUGUCGGUGGCCGCCGGAGAUGCUUGAGCGGGCGCGUUUGCUCAAUGAGGAGCUGCUGGAGCGGCGGCCCGGCACGGACGCGUUGCGGGAAGCUCGGGAGAAGUGCGCGCGCUUCAGGAAGCACCCGUGCCGGCGGCCCCCGUAG